AUGUUUCGGUUUCCAUAUUUGUUUCUAGCACAUCCCGAAAAUAAAAGCUUAUCGAAGGUAUCCCAUUCGAAUACGUAUACGGAAGAUUUGUUAUUUCAAAUCAAAAUUAUUUCCAAUAGUACACCACGCACGAGGAUGAACUGGAACCGCGCUAGUUUCCUUACUAGAACCGCGCUAAGUCGUACUAUGUCUAGGCGAUGCACCACAGUUUCUGAAGGAAAAUUAUCUUUAGGACAAUGUUUAUUCCGUAGUACAAAAACAGGAGCUGCAAGGGAACGCGCGAGAGGGUGGUGUCGGAUUUAAUUUUCAAGUAGCACUCCCCCCAUUUCAGUCAGUAGACCGUCAAAAGUCUUGACUAGUAUCCCCACACUGUCAUUUUUUUACUUAGUUCAACACAGCUCGAUUGAUUUCAACAACGCGCAGUAGUUUCGGAAAGAAAAUAGAGGCCCCCACUAGUUUCUUGCAGAGCUUACAAAUAAUAAACCUAUCGGAAAAACUAUUGCGGCCUGUGUUGUUUUCAGUCGAUCUGAUGCUCUUUCCGGUAUAUCAUUUUCAUUUUCUAUUUCUCCCCCAGAACGUAUUGGAACCACG